AAACGUACGAUUGAGAAAGAGGGAGAGACUGUGAGAGACUCGCUGAGGGAGCGUAGAAUCGGCGAGUGCGGCACAUUUUCCCGUUCUCCGAAAAUUUUCCACUCGCGUCUCAAAGUGACCGGCGAUCUCGGCGGGAGCGAUUUUUCAUUUGACUCUCGUCGCAUUCGUUCGUCGAGUUUUCUUUCGCGGACACAGAGGGAAUAAUUGUGAAAAGUGAUCCCCGCGAUUUUUCGACGCGACGUCUCGUCGUUCGCGCAGACGUCCCGCCGGAGUCUCGCUCGGUUUGAUGCAUCCCUCAUACAGCUGACAACAGAGACGUACUUUACAUAGAAGAUUACUCCUUAAAGUACUGACCUUUUCUAAGAAAGAAAAGAGUGCAGAAAGAUUUGAUGCGAUAGUCACACAAUAGACAUAUUCAAUUAGUCUGACAGCCGCCUUGAAUGAUUCAGCUCAGUCAAGGUAACGAAGAAAAAAAACUUAAAGCGACAAGAAUCGGGUCAUAGCCAUGAAGUCCGCAAUCGCGCUACAGCAGUUUAAAAAAUGCAUCAUCUUAUUUAUAAUAGGCAUCGGAUGUAGUUCCUUAACAUAUAUGAUUUACAUCAUCGAUCCUAUAACCAUGAUAUUGGAAUAUAACCUACAAAUGUCACCGCACUCAUUACUCUUUACAAUAUGGAAGAAACCACCUCUUGACAUUUAUUUAAAUGUAUAUAUAUUUAACAUUACCAAUCCAGAAGAAUUUCUAAGCGGUAAAGAGAAGCUUAAAGUCGAAGAAAUAGGGCCAUAUGUGUAUCAAGAAUUUGUUGUGCACGAUAACAUCACGUAUAACGAUAACGGCACUAUGACUUACAUUCCCAGAAGGACGGUAGUUUAUGUUCCCGAGAAGUCAGUCGAUGAUCCUAUGAUGAACAUAGUUAACGUUCCAAAUGUACCUCUCUUGGGUGUCUCAUCCGCUUUGAGUAAUGCUGGAUUUAUAGUGAACUUUCCUUUGAUACAACUGGCUAAUGUAUUGAAUUCGAAACCGAUUCUCAAUAUCUCGGUACACGAAUAUUUGUGGGGUUACGAGGAUCCAUUGAUAAAAUUGGCCGGUGGAAUCGUGCCGAAUUUUAUUAACUUCAUAAAAUUCGGCCUCUUGGACAGGAUGUACGACGAAGGAGAGAACAUCGUGACGAUGAUUGUUCAGAAGAACGCCGACAUGAGAAAAGAGAAUGGGCGAUAUCUCAGUAUCGACAAGUACAAUGGCAGCCCCGGAAUGGCACAAUGGGGAUAUGUCGAGACGGAGGGCAACGAGACGCGAAAAGAAAAUACAGUUUGUAACAGGCUUCAAGGUUCCACGGAAGGUAUCGUAUUCCCGUCGCACAUAGACAAGCACGCAACUUUUAGGAUCUUCAGGAAAGCGUUUUGCCGACCGUUACCGAUUCAAUUCAGGAAAGAGGUUUGGUUGGAUAACGGUCUACCUGGGUAUCUCUACACCCUCACGGACGAUUUCGCCGAUCCGCCCGAUCAGAACCCGGACAACGAAUGCUAUUGCCGCAAGAUGAAGACCUGUCUGAAGAAAGGGUUGACAGACGUAACACCGUGUUACUACAAUAUCCCGGCGGCGGUGUCGCUCCCGCAUUUCCUCGACGCCGAUCCGAGUCUGCUGGAAAAUGUGGAAGGUCUCAAGCCCGAUCGAGAGAAGCAUGAGUCUUACGUAAUACUACAAAAUACGGUCGGUGUGCCCAUAUUCUUCCACUCUAGAAUGCAGACGAAUCUGGUAAUGCAACACACACGCUUCAAUUCUAAAAUUGCGGCAUUCAAUGGCAUCACAAUACCCUUAUUUUGGUCCGAUUUGUACAUUGGGUCGACUCCGUUCUAUCUGAUAAUCGCAUUGAAAUUGAUGCUUCGAGUACUGCCGAUCGCGCAGACGGUGAUGAUGUACCUACUUGGUAUAGUCGGAGUGACGACGUCGGUGCUAUCGCUGAUAUCCAUUGUAUGGAUACUCAAUCAGCAGCAGCAGCAGCAGCAGCAGGAGCAGGAAAUGGCUAGAAAUAACGACGAUCUCGAUUUGAGGAUACCCUUAUUUAAUGCUCGUGAAUGUGAUUGCAUGGAGACACGAAAGAGAUGCGAUUCUCUUUACGAUCUUACACAUGCGUGUAUCAUCGAUGCGCGGUCCGCAGCGAUUUAGCUUGGAGUGAAGGCAAAUCGAUGGAACCUUUUUACAAUGAUCUUUUAUCCGCAGCAUCACAACGGCGGAGACUUGAAAUCAUUACGAUGAAGGGGAUUUAGGCAAUACGGUUGAAUGUACAUAGAAAUGAGUGGUAUGUCGAGUAUAUGUAUUUUUUUGGAUAUAUAUAUUGCAGUGGAAAUAAUGAAACUUUAAGUUUGAACAGGAAAGUGUAAAUAAGGUUUCGAAUGUUUUUAUCAUUUGUGUUCGAUUAAUUUAUAUUUUACAUUAUAUGUUAUAUUUUCGAUUAUUAAUUAUUUUAAUUUCAUACUCAAAAAAAUUACUCAAAUAACAAAUACAUAUACAUCAAAUAUGUUAGCUAGACAAUAUACAGUGCAGUUAUAAGCAUAAGUACAAGAUUUAAGUUACAAUUACGAUUUUAUAUUUAGAUUAUUUGAAUAUGUAUAAAAUUUCUGACGAUGUCUUGUUCGUCAGAAAUUUUAUACAUUUAUUAUUGGUGACAUAAUAGCAUUGUAAUUGAUAGUAUAUAUAGAAAUAGUAAAUUUUUGCAAGUUUUUAUGAUUUAGUGAUAGGUAUAUAUUCUCGGUUAACAUAUUUAAUUUAUUGUUACAUAAAAUAUUUGAUAUACUAAGAUAUUUCGUUUUUAAUUGACAGCUUCACUUUUUGUGCAGAUCAUAAGUGUGACAAGAAAUUAACUGACUGUUGGCUUUAUGAUUAAUUUUCAAUAUUGAAUUAUGUCAGAAAAAGCUUUAUGAAAAAGCAGAGAAUUGAUUUUUGUUUUUAAUAUUAAUAUCAGGACAUGAUAUUGUGAUAAAAUUUAAUUUUGAUUUAUUUAAAUGAAUCUUUUUUUUUUGUUAUCUGUGUUUAAAAAGAAAUCAAUAUUAUUAUAUAAAUAAUUGAUGAUUAUGACAGAAACACAUUAAGUUUGAAUACACAUGGGUAUAUGGUUGUAGUGUUUUUUAUAUACUUCUGCUAGGUCAACACUAUGUUAAAAGAAGAAUGUUAUUGCGUUCAUUCGUUUUUAUACUUUAAUGCUAAGCUUAUUUAUUUGUUCUGUUUUUUGCACGAUUAAAUAUUGUGUAAUGUAUACUUUUUUAAUAAAAACUAUUAAACAUUGCGAAGUUAGUUGGAAAAUAAA